AUGGCCGCGGACGCUCUCUCCACGUGGCCCGGCAAUGGCACUCGGGCUCUUUGCCCCGUGGAUUCCGCCUUCGCCCAGCGCUUCCUGCCCGCCGUGUACCUGACCGUGAUCCCCCUGGGGCUGCUGGGCAACGGGCUGGGGCUGUGGCACCUGUGCACGGGGCCCCGGGAGGGUGCCCGCCAGCCCCUGAGCCUGCUGGUGGGCAACCUGGGGCUGGCCGACCUGCUCUAUGUCAGCACCCUGCCCUUCCUCGUCAGCUACUACCGCCAAGGCAGAGUGUGGAUCUUCGGGCAGCCCUGGUGCCGCAUCACCCGCAGCCUCUUCCACGUCAACCUGUACGCCAGCAUCGGCUUCCUCAGCUGCAUCAGCAUCCACCGCUACCUGGGCAUCGUGCACCCGCUGAAGGUGCGGGGCAGGUGCCGGGGUGCCACCUCCUCCGUGUGGCUCAGCGUGGCGGUGUGGCUCUGGGUCAUCGCACAGAUAGCUCCCGACCUCGCCUUCAGCAAGGCAGACGGCAACAGGACGAAGUGCCACGACACGACGGGACAGGAGCACCUGCACGUUUACUUGCCCUACACCUUUGCUGUCACCGUGACGGGCUUUGUCAUCCCGUUCCUCAUCAUCAUCGGCUGCUACUGCCACGUGGUGUUCGUGCUCUGCAGGAAUGACAGCGUGGACGCCAGCCUCAGGAGGAGAAGCAUCGGGCUGGUGAUUCUCGUCAUGGUUCUCUUUUCCAUCUGCUUCCUCCCAUACCACAUCUUCAGAAAUCUCAACUUGUUUUUUCGCUGGCGGCCACCAGAGUCCUGCACACAGGCUUCCAAGGAUGUCUAUGUUUCCUACCAGGUGACUCGGGGCCUGGCCAGCCUCAACAGUGCCCUCAACCCCCUGCUCUAUGUGAUCACCAGCAAAGACUGGAGGUCACGAAUGAGAAGCAUCAGCCAAAGUGCCAGACAGUGUCUGAGGCCACCCUUCCGGAGCAAAACCUCUGGCCAGGCAGCUGAGGAGAAGAGGAACGACCUUCUUUGUAAGGGGGAGGCUUCUAACGAGCUCUGA